AUGCCCAACAGUAUUGCAUACGACAAUUACUUACCAAAGGUAAAUUAUGGUAUAAAUGCAUAUGAAACAACAAUACAACCGAAUGGUGCAUUUUUUUCAAAUAAAUACGAUGCAAAUCCUACCAUUUGCGGUGCAAAUGAUUGCUUUGAGCGAAAUAUGCUGAACUUCAAGACUCCUAGUAAUGACAAAGAAAGUUCUUGGUAUGAAAUGAAUGCCGCUGGCAGAAAUUUCCUGAAUUCCACCCAACGAAAAAAUUUGAUGAAUGCAAAUAUCUGUAAAAUUAAUGCGCAAUUAUCGGUUUGUUCUUGUACAGAUUUAUGGACGCCACUGCUUAAUUCAGUGUCAGAUAGUGGGUCGCGGUCAUCAUCAGCACAGUUAUAUGGUACGUUACCUGAGCUGCAAAAUUCUAUUAGCUCAACUCAAAAUAUAUAUCAGGGAGAAACAUUUGUGCUCAUCGAUCGGAAUUAUCUUAUUUAA